AUGAGUGAUCUGCCCCGUCGCUUGUCUCGGCGCGCACCACUUUCCCCGUCGCAUGCUCAUCGCAUCACAUGCGCCGUCGCAUGCCCAUCGCAUCACAUGCCCAUCGCAUCACAUGCCCAUCGCAUCGCAUGCCCAUCGCAUCGCAUGCCCAUCGCAUCGUAUGCCCAUCGCAUCACAUGUCCAUCGCAUCACAUGGGCCAUCGCAUCGCAUGCCCAUCGCAUCGCAUGCCCAUCGCAUCGCAUGCCCAUCGCAUCGCAUGCCCAUCGCAUCGCAUGCCCAUCGCAUCAUAUGCCCAUCGCAUCACAUGCCCAUCGCAUCACAUGCUCCGUCGCAACACCCAUCGCACAUGCACCGUUCUUGAAUCCUGCACCAUUUGCCUGAUUCACCUCAUCUUUUAUCUCCAAUCUAGUGCACCGCAAGCUUCAUCUGCUGCUGCUCCCCCCCAGCCCUCCCGACCGCCGUCGUGGGACAUCAAUGUGGAGCGCACGUGCAGCAACAAGGGGUGUGGCGCCAAGUACCGGGAGAUUGACAACAGCGAUGGCGCCUGCAAGCACCACCCAGGGCCUGCUGUUUUCCGCGACAGAAAGCGAGGGUGGCAAUGCUGCGGCGUAUUUGUGAACGAUUUUGACGAGUUCAUUGCCGUGCCGCCAUGUGCUACUGGCUGGCACUCUGACGAGGUGUAG